GAAAGUUUCCACGUCACCCAUCGAAAUGGCCCUGGAAGACUUCCGCUUCCCGGCGACAGUUUUCUUCGCCACCCUCAUCCCUGUAUUGUGGAUCCUCGGCGCUCUUCUCACGCCUGAGAAGCAGCAUGGGGUGUUUGCCCUCUCCAUUGCAAGCGUUAUCCUGGAGCACAUUCGACCGUGGGCGUACAUCACAGCUCCUUUCUAUCACCAACACCUGUGGGAGGUGGUCCUCAUUGUGCCUGCUACGUUGUACCUGGGCAGUCGCGUCGAAAUCGCGUUGGGCACCAUGUCCUUUGUGCGCUUGGUGUGCUUUGUCGGGGUCGUCUCGACGGGGUUGCUCUUUUGCGAUAUGUUUGCCCUAUACAUUGUGUUUCGCAACGCCUUCUUCCUGCGCACGGGGGUUUCUGGUUUCACGGGAGGUCUCGUUGCAAUGCUUGUGGCGUUGGUGAAGGAGAACCCAGUUCAGGCGCUCGUGAUUCCGAAAGUGCCCUGUCGAUAUUACCCACUGAUGCUGACGGUGCUUUGUCUCGCGAUGUCAAUUGGCGCCGUCUUGACCAAAGCCGAGAUCUUGAUUGUUGGGGCUGGGCCGUACGCCGUGUCAGGGUUGUACUUUGGAUGGUUUUACCUUCGUUUUAUCGCAAAGAACGCCGAUGGGUCGAAAGGAGACACGUCGGAAGCGUUCUCGUUGACCGUGUUGUUUCCGUCCUUCCUCAAGUCUGUCCGAACUCACCUGGCCUCCAAUUUUACCCAACGCAUGGAGUAGGCCAUCGCUAGCGCCCAUCUUUGAUUUUUUCUUCAACGUGGCCAAGCUGUGUGGGCUCUUCAAGUACCGCGACGCGCAAGCUGCCGCCGCAUCGUUGGUGUGUUAUUCUUCUACCCUUCACGUACACCACAUCUGACAAGGCGGCAACUAGCCCAAGACGUUCCCGUCAGAUCCAGUGACCGAACGCCGCAAGUAUGCGAUUCAUAUGGUCUUUGGUGUGGGUGAACUCACAUGAGUCCAUGGACUGCAGGGCACGCGCGAUGAAAGCCCUGGACGAGAAGCUUGCCAAACUCGCAGUGGUUCCCUCCGGUGUAGCGACGGCGUCUCUGUUGGUUCAUGACGACGUCGAGACCGACUCGUUCACGGUGUAGCACCUAUUUAUCCAUUGCAACGCCGGAGGACAUCUCCAUGAAGCAUGGAUCGCAUCGAAUGCAAGGUGGCCAUCCUGGACGUUGGCCAUGCAUGCCCAACCCAGCACGCAUGCUCAUGAACACGCAAAUCUAUAUAUAUGUACAACAAUUUGGCCAACUUGCUUAGUUGAACAAUUGCGACACGGACUUUUUGCCAUGGAUGUUGAGGAUAGCUUGAGCGAGGAGGGGCGCGACAUCGAGCUGCUUGAUCUUGUCGUUGCCGACGCAGGUAGCCGGCAACGGCGUCGUGUUGACUACGACGACUUGUUUCAGCGCCGACUUGGUGAUGCGCUCGCUCGCGGGGCCAUUGAACAAACCGUGCGACGCGAACGCGUAUACGUUGCGCGCGCCGUGAUCCGACAGGUGCUGCGCCGCCUUGCAAAGAGUCCCGGCCGUGUCGAUCAUAUCGUCGACGAUGAUGCAGUCGGACCCGCUGACGUUCCCGACCAAGUCCAUGCGGUCGAUUUCGUUCGCCUUGAUGCGUUGCUUGAUAAUCAUGGCGAGACCGACGUUCUCAAUGCCUUCCUUGCCCACGAGCCACUCGCGGAACUUCUUGGCGCGGGCGACACCGCCGGCAUCUGGCGACACCACGACUGGGUUCACGAGUUCCAUGUUGCCAAAGUACGACACCCCCACAAGGCCGCCAUCCAAGUUGUCCACGGGAACGCGAGGCCCGAAGAAACCUUGGAUUUGACCGCAGUGCAAGUCGACGGCAAUCACGCGGUCGACACCCAUUGCUUCCAAGAGUCGUGCGACGUCAGCGGCAGAUAUCGGCACACGCGCGGCCAUCUUGCGAUCCUGACGCGCAUACCCGUAAUACGGAAUGACAGCGGUAAUGCGGCGCGCCGACGCUCGUCGCAUGGUGCUGACCAUCAAGAGCAGUUCCAUGAGGUUUUCGUUCACGGGCACGCACGUGGGUUGCACAAUAUACACGUCCUUGCCACGCACGUUUUCGUGGACCAUGACGUUUACCUCACCGUCGGCAAAUCGUUCGACAGUGAUUUUGCCAAGGUUGACGCCGACAAGUUCGGCAACUUUGCUUGCCAGUUCGGUGUUGGCAUUGCCGCUGAAGAUCUUGAGCCCGUUCAUGAUCUUAGGUUGCUUCUCAGGGAUGAUGAGAGAACUGGGGACACCCGAUUGAGCUUCCGACGGGCGAGUGUUGGACAUCAUGCCCAUACCAAGCCCCACGCCCAUGGCGGCGGCCGCGGUCGGCAAGUGAGUUCGCGCGCGAGCGGUCAGGCGGUGGAACAUGUUGAGCUAAUUGUAUGUGAUGUGGCCAAA